AUGUUGAUAAUUCAUAAAGCAAAUUUAUUCUGUAAUUCAUUGAAAUGUUCUCUUUUAGGAUUUGACAAGUUGCCAAAAGACGAAAGAGUUGAAAAGAAUCAGAACCAGGGAUUACUGUUUUUUUAUGAGGUCGAUGUGCUAAAUUUUGCGAGACAUCUAUUGCGGAAUCAUUGUACGGAACCCGAAGUACAAAAUAUUAUCUCUCAUCCUACGAAAAGUUGCGUACGCAAAAACCUAAUAACCAACUUACGCAAAAGAGGAAACUAUAUUCGGAAUGUUAUAAAAUGUGUUAAACCUAUGAAAAAGAGUAAUGUUUAUCCACACAUCGAUUACUUACCAUGUGAAAAAUGUUUAGGCUUCUACUCUAGGAAACAAUUGUGGAAACAUAAGAAGACAUGUCAACCGUUAUCCGAUACCGCCAACACUCAAGUUCAGUCUCAAAAUUUUAUGUUACGCAACCUAAAUAUUGACAAAAAACUUAAAGAUGAGGUAUUUCCAAAAAUGAGACCUGACAAAAUAUCACUAGAAGCUAAAAGAGACACGUUAAUCUGUGCGUUUGGAGCCCAAUAUUUAAGGAUUCAUCGAGAAAAACACUUCGUAAACGUUACAUCGCGAAAAAUGAGAGAAUUGGCUAAAUUGUUACUAGAAUUGAAGACGCUGAAACCGUCACUUAAAAAUUUGAUGGAUUGUUUGAAACCUCAAAACUAUGAUCUAAUUGUUACUGCAACUAAAAAAAGUAUCAAGUUACAAUUGUAUAACAGAUCGCUAUGGUGCUCCAACAUAUGCCAUGAACAUCAGCACUAG